GGGACAUUUUUGACUGGGAAAUCCCCGCUUUGCAUACUUUAACUUUCAUUUUCGGUUAGAAGUAAUUUAUUUGAAUUAAUAAGACACAAAGAAAACAUCCUGAAUUGAAGCACAGCGGCAAUGUACAAUGCGUGAUAUCAAGCAUUCAAAUCUGUCCUAAACUAUUUAUUUUCUGAGAUCGACGUAAUAAAGUGUCUGUUCUUUUUCUGACUGCAUGUAACGUUUUGCACUUUAUUCUUCCGACUUUGAAUAUUAAGGGGGGGAAAAACAUAUUAAAAAGUUAAAAACAGAGAGUCCUUGGCGCAAACUCAGAUCAUGGUUUCUAGUCGGAGCUGACGUCUGAGUCAAAGUGCGUCUCUGUUUGGGUUGUGAACGUGUCGAGUCCGAAAACGAAAGAUGUCCAUCGAUCCCUCUCCAUACGCAGCGCUGGACAGGCUUUUGCUGGGAAUAAAAAUGGGCUCAGCUACAUCGAAGGAGAAGCGCUACGAUCCCAAAGACUCGUCGCUGAAAUUUGUCGAUGGAGCUGAUGAUAUGGACUUUUUGUGCGAAGGUUUUCAAUCGCGCAGAGCGCAGAUGUCCUGCGGUCACUCGGUGACCCCGACGUCUCUCACUAACUGGUGUCUGCAGCAGCUGGACGAGGGGAAAAGCACGUUUUUAUGUGGUGCCUGUAAAGCUGUGUGGCCUUAUGAGGAGGUCUGCAAGAUGGCUCUCCUGAGCCCUGAAGAAAUGAAAACCUUUGAGAAAACGAUGAAGAUCAAUGCCGCUGUUAGCAGAAGAUGUCCUGGAUGCAAGUCGUCUGUUGCAAAACAAGACAAACUUAAUCUCUGCGUCCGCUGCAAAGCCUGCACAGAGAAGAGAGGACACUCGUAUGAGUUCUGCUGGCAGUGUCAGAGGGAGUGGAAAGGUCCAAAGCCGCGUUCGGACCGCUGUGAGAACGACGGCUGCUGCGACACGGCGCUGCAAACUCUGAGGACCUGCCCAGAAAUCGUCUUCGACACGGUGAGGGGAAUCAGCGGGUGUCCCUCCAUCCGGGCCUGCCCCACCUGCGGGUCACUGCUGGAGCACAAGGGAAACCACUGCAAACAUCUCUUCUGCUCUCGAUGUGCGGUCAAGUUCUGUUUUGUGUGUCUGAAGACUUUUGCUGAAUGUUCGAAAACAAGUAAUAUAUCAGAGCCGUGCUCCAGCGGCGUCGCUCCCAGACAGACAGAGAUCCCCGUGUGGAGAAAAACCUAAACGCUUCGUCCACAGAGUCCAGCACUUCUGUUUGUGAGCGAUUAAUCAACGCCGAUGUGGCCAGCUGUGUUUUCAGAACCUUCUCUGAGAGACAGACAGUAUUUCUGCUCAGAAAUGUCAGAAAUGUUGAGCGUAAACAAUUUAAACGAUAAAACCAAAACCUGGAAUCGUUUGUUUCAGAUCAUGAUGGAUUUGCACCUUGCAAAAGCAUUAAUACUCUACAAAUUUGUCCACUUUUGUCACUUCCACAGUCACUGCAGCGUGUUUUCAUGACGUUUUAUGUCAUAAACUAAGAAAAUGUAGCCAGAAAUGUGGAGUGGAAGAAAAAUGAUAAAUGAUUUACAGUCUUUCCCAGCACAACAGGGAAAUCUACAAUGUUAACGAUUUGUUUUUUUCUCUAUAAAAGUUUGUAAAUUAUUGGAAUUUAUUUUCUUGCUUUUGCACGUCCAGAAUAAACAUAAACAGCUAGUAAAAGCCAACUUAAUUAUCAUCAUGCUUCCUGAUCUCUUAUUGUCAUUAAAUUGACAGAAAAUGUGAAACUUUGGCACUUUAUUUAAACCUUAAAAAGUGUCUAAUUAAUAAUUUGGCCUACAUUUCUCACACUCUUCCUUUAACACAUUUUUAGAUAUAUAACAUGACAAAGAAUAUUAAAUGACUUUUUAAACUUCACUGUGAUGCUCCAUUUUUUAUCAACACUACUUUGGCCUCCUAAUGGCUGUUAGGCAGUUUUUCACAUUCAAAGAAUUUAUUGUAUUUUUUAUUAAAAUUUUUUUUUAAACUUGACCAACUCACUAAAGAAGGCUUUAUAAAAGUUUUCUUUGCUUUGGAACUGAAACUCCACUUCAUCUUCUGUACCACAUUUUCUUUAUUUACUCCAAAAAUAAUGUAAUUUUUUUAUUACUCCAUUCAGUUGCACUUAUUUUUUACUGAUGUGCUAUUUUGUAAUAAAAAUAUGGUAUUUUUCUCAAGCUGUAAAUGUAUCACUUACUGUAAAGUCUAUUAUUUUUACUUUCGGUUUUUAUAUUUUUAUGUUUUGACUUGCCUGUCACGUUACUGCUGGUAAACUGGAAUCCCCCCUCUAUUCUAUUCUAUUCUAUUCUAUUCUAUUCUAUUCUAUUCUAAAUAUGUUUUUGUCACUGAAUUCUGGAAACUUUAGUCAAUAUUUUUAGUUUUAUCCUUUUGCCCUUCACUAUGCUGAAAACAUUCUGUUGAGAGACAUUAAAUGAAUGAUAAAUUAAAUCCAAACUACAAUCAUAAAUCUAGCCAAAUUAUUAUACAAAUAAAAUAAAUGCAUAAAAAAAACAGAUAAGCAAUAUGUUAGUUAAAACAGCUAAGUAAGUAAAUUAGCUGAAUAAAUACAGUACAAUAAG